UCAUUAGUUGGUUACACUUUUUCAGCCUGCCGUGUUUUUGCUUGCUAAUUUCGCGUUUUAUUUUUUCGAUUAUUUCGUCACAAUCAAGUGUGCGUUUGCCGAUUAACCGAAAAAGUUAUACAAUUGAGUAAUUUUUCGUGAUAUACGGGAUAUUUAUCCGCCAUGGGCCGUCGCUGCUGCGUGGACACAUGUCCAUCGACGUCGCGUCUGCUGGAGCACCACGGCGUGACCUAUCACUCCUUCCCAUUGGACCCCAUUAUCCGGGCCAUUUGGAUCAAGAAUUCGCGCAUCAGUCUAGACCGCCAGAUCACGAAAAGUGUUUUGGUCUGUUCACGUCACUUCCGACGCCUCGAUUUCAACACGAUCCGAAAUGGAAAGUAUUUGCUCAAGCCGCGCGUCUUCCCCACCGUAUUUCCGUGGGGCAAGAUGGACUCCGCUGAGAUAGAGGCAGAUCACCGGGCACUUCAGCACGCCAACGUGGAGGGAGCGACAGGAGCCCCAGGAUCUGCUCAGUCAUCAGCAAACGAAGAUCUGAUCAAAGCCACGGUGGACAAAAUAGUGUCCAAAAUAUUAUCGGAAACUGCAGAACGCAAGGCUAUCGAAGAGGCUAAGGCAGUCAAAACGAAAGAAGAGGCAAAGGCACCUCCUGAAAGCAGCGAAAAUGUUACCAAGGCAGCUGCGGUAGAAGCCCCAGCUACUUCGGGACCCCCAGCAGUUGAAGCUACUACCCCGAUUGGAGGAUCUGCAUCCAAUUCAAACUCACCACUUCCCGGCACUCCACCCAAAUACAGCAACCCACACAACCUGACUAUCGGUGCGCGCUUGGAAGCUCUUAGCGUGGAGGGCAACUGGUUACCAGCCCGUAUCGUCGAAGUAAACGAAACCGAGCAGACGCUCCUUGUGCGUUUUGAGCGCAAUCACAAGCUGAAAGUGUCGCCAUCAACAAGUGGUAGCUUCCAGGAGUGGAUGGCGAUCAAGUCAGAUCGGUUGAGGCAGCGCCUCAGCAAUCGAGUUUUACCCGUUUUCGAGCUGGAAGAAAAGUGCAUGGCCCGCUGGUCGGGGCCGCGCAAAUUCCCGGGCACUAUCCGCAAGCUACUAGGUAACGACACCUAUGAGGUACUCUUUGACGAUGGUUACACCAAGAACGUGCGAGCCGUGCACAUGAAUAAGAUGCCCAAGCAACUGCCUGCUGUUCAGGCAACUGAUGAUGGUACGCCCAAGGUGCCUACUCCAGUCGGUACCCCAGUGAGCGCUGUCCCUCAGGCUCCGAAGAGGGUCAGCACAGGCAGCGUAAGUGGAGCCAGUGGUUCCUCCAGCAAGAAAAGCAAGAGCGCGCCACAGCGCAGGGAUUGGCCUCUGUUGGACAUGGCGACCUUGGAUAUAGCAUCCCUAGGCCUUCCAGAUAUUCCGCACGACGGGGAAUGGACUUGCCACUGGGUAAAUGAUCAGCCAAUCGGAACCGAGGGCUUUCUAAUUGUGGGCGAGCAUCAGAAGCCUACUGUUAUUGUGCAGGACUGGCGCCUACCACCUGGAUGGAUUAAGCACAUGUACCAGCGCUCCAAUGUGCUGGGCAAAUGGGAUGUCAUUCUGGUCUCACCCAGCGGCAAACGGUUCCGCUCCAAGUCCGACCUCAAGUCGUUCCUUGAGUCACAGGAUCUUGUCUACAACCCGGAUGUAUAUGAUUUUAGCAUUCACCGACGACGAGCUAAGGAUAUUAAUGCUUAUGUCUAUACGCACGACUACAAUCCGCAACCACCGCCGAAACCCAGAUCCAUGGAUGUGUCUAUGGACUCCACGCUAGACCAAAGUAACACAUCACAGCCAUCCUUACCAUCCACACCGAUGUCGGUUAAAGAAAGCAAAUACAUGGAAGCGCCGGUGGCUACGCUGAUGCCACCAGCAGAACUAAUGUCUCCGCAAGCUCAGCUCAACGAUGAGGCAAAGGCCAAGACAAACCCAGAACUCCUGGAAGCCAUAGAUGGAGGUCCCACUCAGGUUUUGGCAGGUGAUCCUCCUUUGGUGGAAAACGGCUUCGCUUUCAUAGGAGGUUUAAAAGUCCAAAUACAGGAUAAUCUUUAUGUAUGCCCUCGAGAAGAUUGCGGCAAAACAUACCGCAAAGAGGACUUUUUGCUUAUCCACAUUCGUCAUUAUCACAAGGAAUUUGCCGAAUACGUAAGCCAUUGCCCUAAGAUGCAGGAGCUGGCGGUUAAGCGUACACAUCCCUCAUCCAUCGAACAGGGUGAUGCGGUGCCCAAGAAUCAAAUACCAAACCAGCAAUUCUUUGCCAAGAUGCACCAACAGGAUAUACAGCAGUCGCGCUCAUUUAAGCGUCAGGCGCCCUCAAAUUCGCUGCCAUCUCCUGUAGCUCCGGGAACUCCGUCUACCAUAUCGCCUGCUAAGACUCUGUUGUCUCCCAAAAUUGAGCCUCCAGGCACGUUGAUGCCAGCAGUUGAGCCCGGCAAUCCAGAAAAUGUUAAGCUAGAGGCUGGAGCGCAGCCCCCUGUGAACCCCACAUUAAACCGCUCAUGCAAGCGUGCACGCUACUCACCGACCAAGCGCCCAUCUGGCUCGAGAAAGAGCAACAGGCAGCGGUCUCAACGACGCGCUAAUUUGACAGACAGCCCAGCAGGUCAUUCCUUGAACGAACCAGACGCUGAGGAGACGCGGCAAUCCUUCAAUACACCAACUCCGGAUGUACGUAGCGAUUCUAAGAAACGACGUGUUGGAGCUGCACCAACUCCCAUCAGCUCCAUUGAUUCGCCAGCUACGGCAGAUUCCGUAUCCACUCCGUCAUCCAACGACCAGGCGGAUAUUAAUGCAGCUCUGGCACCACCGCCAGCAGAUACCGUAAAUAAAGCACCACAAUACAUCAAGGAAAACGGUGAGCUUAUACGAAUUGUCCGAAUGCGGCAAGAGGAGAUCAUUAACUGCAUAUGUGAGUACGGCGAAGAGGACGGUCUGAUGAUCCAAUGCGAGUUGUGUUUGUGCUGGCAGCACGGGGCAUGCAACGGGAUAGUUAAGGAGUCGGAUGUGCCGGACAAGUAUGUUUGCUACAUAUGUCGUAAUCCGCAUAGAGGGCGGGACUCAAUGAGAUUUAAGCAUGACCAGGACUGGCUGUUCGAAGGGAAGUUACCUGCAGCCGCGUAUCACACCGCAAAUCCAGUGGCCUCCAAGCAAACCGACUUUUUAAAGCGCUCACAUACGCUUACUGGCAAUUUGUUAGACGCCAAGCGAUCGAUGCACUCUUUGUUAGUGAAGAUCAACAUCGCACGUAACCGCUGUCACCCGAAACUAUAUUUGUGGGCUAAGAAAUGGGACGAGGACAAAGUGGAUGCUUCUGCCUUGACGCCAGUGAAGCGUUCGAAGACUGAGUAUCCUGACCUUCCUAACGUUCCGCAACCAGAGGCCGCCAUCGAUCCAGAGGAGUGUCAAUACCGCUUACUGGAGCAUGUAAAGGUCCAGCAAUCAUUGGUUCUUAAUAGACUCGAUGACAUCGAGGCUGAAAUUGGUGAACUUGAGAGGGAGGACAACAUGGACGAUUUAAAAGAUGAGGAAACCCAUGAAGCGCUGGCUACGUUCAUCAAAGAGCUUGAGACAAUGAAACGCCUCGCCAAGCUUAACCAAGUGGCCAAUCUAAAACAGCGCCAGAAAGAAUCCACCACUAAUCCGUAAUAUUAAUUAUUGAAACGCUUAGAAAGUGAUGAAAAUUAAUUCAUUUCCAUUUAUUGCAAGUCAAAGAAUUAUAAUGAAUGAUGUUUUAAAAUUUAAAUAGUAUGGAAACAGAAAUAGUUUUUUAAUUGCUAUAAUCAUAACUUUAUCAUUUGUUUUCCGAGUUGCGGAAUUUUCCUUAUAAUUAUAUAGAUGUUUAAUAAGAUCAGUUUAAUCCAAAAUAUUACUGCACUGCAAAAAGUUAAAGAGUGUAAUGGGAUUUGAUUUUCAGAUGAGGAGUAUUAGUUCCCAGUCGAUCAAUGUACAAAUACAGAAAAUUCUUAAUUUCA